UCCCGGCCCUCUCCCUAGCAAGUCAACUCCCUCUCUCCCCUCCUCCGCAAGCCAAGAACUCGAGAGCCCGGCCGGCUAAUGGAGGGCGAUCUGGGGUGGUGCUGCAGCAGCGGAAGCAACAACUGGGACCUGCACGCCGUCGUGCGCUCCGCCUGCAGCAGCGGCGACCGCGGCCGCGUCACCCCGCCGCCGGGCUCAAACGACGACUCCUCCUCCUGGCCCCUCCAAACGCCGUCGGUCUCAGAGGAGUUCUCCUCCGGGCUCCACCCGCCGCAGCCGCAGACGGACCAGCUGUUGGACGCUGCCGCGUCCCAUCCUCCCCUGGCCGACCCGGCCGUCGACGACCUCUGCCUCCAGGCUUUCUUCGCCUCGCCGAAGCUCGAGGCCCCGCAGCCAUCGUCGCCGAGGAACGAAGCGCUGCCCCAGCGGUCUAAAGCCGACGGGCCGCCGGGCAAGCCGCGAACAUCCGGCCGUGCCGGGCCCUCUCGGUCAAAGAGAAAGAGCAAGAAGAGCCAUGUGAACAAGGAGGUGACGCGGGUGCCGGUGGGCGGGCCGCCGGCGGACCUUUGGGCGUGGCGCAAGUACGGGCAGAAACCGAUCAAGGGGUCGCCGUACCCGCGUGGGUACUACCGGUGCAGCACCGACAAGGACUGCAAGGCGCGGAAGCAGGUGGAGCGCUGCCGCGCCGACCCGGCCACCUUGAUCGUCACCUACACCGGCGACCACAGCCACCCCGUCCCGCUCCACCGCAACUCCCUCGCCGGCACCACGCGCAACAAGGCGCAGGCGCAGCCGGUGUCCCCGUACCCGGCCAAGGAGGCUCCGAAGCCAGCGGAGGCUGCGCCGUCCGCGUCGGGCACAGACACCAAGUCACCGGGCUCGCCGUCUGUGUCCGCCGGGCUGUCGCCCAGCAUCCCGCUGCGCUCGCUGAACCUGGGAGGGCAGUACAAGGACGAGGAAGACGAUGACGCUGCCGCUCCCUGCAGCAGGCUGCUGCUCGAGGGUACGGAGAUGGAGGGCGAGGAGGACGACGUGCUGCUCUACCUCAUGCCUGAAGAGACCGCUCCGCUGGGUCCCGGAAACGGCAGCGGCUGCGAGGACGUCAUGCUGUUUCCGAAGCCCGACGAGCCCCCACCAACAACGAGCACCAGUAGAACGGACGGCGGCGGCGGCGAGGCAGCCCAGUUCAUGAACACCGGCGAGGAGAAGUUCUCUAUCUUGGGCCUCUCGGCAUGGAAGUCUGCGUCAGGGGCGGCGACGAGCAGCUGGGGGCUGACUUAGCGUAUACCUCGAUCACCACGAACAGUAUGCUGUGGAUCUUGGCUUGUUUGCGGCAUCUCCGCAGUAUGCAUGUAGUAGCAGUAGCAUUACUUUUUGUGAGACAAGUUUUUUUUA